UUGGAUAAAUAGGACACUUUGAACUUGGAUUUGUCACAUUAGGAUUUCUAGAAGAUAUUUUAGGAAAAUAGGAUUUUAGAUCUUGUAAAAUACCAAAGUACCCUUAAUUUACCAAUUAUGUUGAAUUUAAAUUAUAAAUUAUAAUAAUUUUCGUAAUAGAUUUUAAUGUUAAAAUUAAAAUCUAUAAAAAUUAAAAAAUAAAAAAAACACUAAAUGGGAAAAAAGGAGACGCGGGAUGCCGCAAACCUAAUUCCCCUUUCUCUUUGUCUUCUCCGUCGUAGACUCGUCACUCUCCCACGGCGAUUUAGGGUUCAACGGUGAGAAGCUCUGUUCUUCGUCGGUGUUUCAUCAGCCCGUGGUCUCUACUCUCGUCUCCGUCACCAUCCUUUUCGAUCUCACUGAAGACACAACGGCUGCGAAUCGUUCUUCCUCUUCGUCGGGUCAAAUCGAUUUUCGAAGUGUUCUUCCAUCAAUUUCGCCUCUCAAUCUCACAAUUCUUCACAGAAGGUAUUGGAUUUCAUCUAUAGAUUCUCAUAUUAAACGAAAUCGAAGUGUUCUUCCAUUAAAGCUUGAUUUUUUUUUAAAAUGAUUUGCCGUGUUUCUUAAAAUAAUUUUGUUUCACGGAUUGGUUGAUAUUAUUGAAACCUUUACAUGUGUGAUGAUAUUGAAACCUUUACAUGUUGAACUAAUAAUUUUGUCACGGUUUGUAGCUAUGUCUGAGGAGCUACCGAAGAGGCUUUUUAAGGAGGGCGAGGAGCCCCGAGUUACUCAGAUCAACAACAACUGCAGGAUCGACUACAUAAUCCGAAAGUUCCAAGCGUGGCUGCCAAAGGAGUUGGAUGUCGUGAAGAAAGACCCGGUUUUUCAUCAGAUUUUUAAGCUCCAUGAGAAUGGUCUUGGAUACUCUGCGAGGGUGAUACACAGCUUCUUGUGUAGGGAGCUGGUGACUUUCUUACAGCACGAGCUAUGGUUUGUCUUUGCGAGGAGACCGCUUCGAUUCUCAUUGCAAGAGUUCCACGCCGUAACCGGGUUUGAAUGCGAUACUCACAUUUCGAUUGAGGAGUUUGAAGAGUGGAAAUAUGAUGGUGGUUUCUGGAGCAAGGUUUUGAGGAGAAAAGAUGGAACAAUUACACUCUUCAACCUGUGGACUAAGGACAAGGAAGCUGUAAAGAAAUGGAAGAAUGCAGAUCGCAUACGUCUUAUCUACUUGGCGAUCAUUCUUUGUGUGGUAUUGGCGAGAGAUGAGAAGGCUAAUAUCCCCCUGAAGUACAUCGCGGUGGUCAUGGAUCUUGACAGAGUUCGAAGGUAUCCUUGGGGAGUUGCUGCUUAUGACCUUCUCUGCAAAUCCAUAGCCAAAAAUCGUUCCCAACUGAAGGAAAAGACCACUAGCUAUGUCUUGGAUGGCUUCUCAUACGCCUUGCAGAUUUGGGCAAUGGAAGCGGUGCCAAAAAUCGGGAAGCUUUGUGGAAAAAAGCUGGAUAAGGGUUUCAAGGACGGUCCUAGAUGCAUAAACUGGAUGGGAGCUGCGAAGGUGUCAUAUGAGGAGAUCAUUCGCUUGGAGGAGAUUAUUACACCCAAGGAUGACAUCUACCCAUACAUCUCAUGGACAGGAAAUUAUGAUGUUGUCAAAGCUCAGGCGUUUCGCAGAGAUGAUGAUGUGGAGGAUGACAGAAUCAAGGUUCUGAUGGAGAUGAUAAAGAAGGGGCAUGAUUUUAGUGAGCAUGUUUGGGAAACUGAAGAAAAUGAAGUGAUUUCUUUAUCUCUCGAUGACGAAUCAGCUGUGAAUGAUGAAGCAAGCGUGAAUGUUGAAGCAGCCGAGAGUGAUGACGACUUUCAGACUCCGAAAGGAUCAAAAAACGUUGGUUCUAGAUCAAAGAGGGGUAAAAAGAGGCUUCCCGAUCGUGGUAUGGAGAAGAGAAAGCAUAAGGUUCUCGCAAGUGGCGCAAAGCAAGCUCCUUUUAAUGAAGACAUGAAGGCUUUUAUGACACAGUUGUUUGAGCACAACUUCUCUGGAAUGGAACAAAGGAUACAGAAACAGAUGGCCGAGACAUUUGAGCAGAUGCGGACAGAGCUUAAACAAUCACGUAAGGAAGCCAGCGUUGAAGUUGAGCUUGGAGAGCCUUCACCGACAAAGCCAUCGACGAGCCAGGCACCGUUGAGGAGGUCCACACGCGGGGAUGGUUCCGAGACUACAUUCGAUGUGAAUUAUAGUGAAGCAGAUGAUUUGGGUCGCGGGAUAGGUACACAAGGGGUUGAAGGGCUUUCUCAGACGUCGUAUGUGCCAGGCUUUGAUCCAUCUCAGGACAAAAAAGAAGAAGACUGGUGGACUCCAAUGACUUCGGUCCGAGGUUCAGUGGAUAAUCCAGUAAAGAAAGAAAAGACAGAGAUGAAUACAGCUCCACCGCCGUCACAGUGGGAGAAAUGGUGCAAAAGAAAAGGUCAUGGACUUCAGCUUAGCGAUUCACCAUUGCCAGAAGAUGCUUCUCCGCAGGCGUCACUUUAUUAUAUCUCCGAAGAGUCAUGGAAAGGAUUCACGGAAUGGGCAUUAAAGCCUAUACCUUUAACAAUUGGUCCUACAUGCUUUAAUUUGUCUGUAGCUACAAGAGUAGUAAGUGCUGGAAAAUGGCUUGGAAACGAGGUAAUGAAUCUUGUACUAACCUUUAGUGAAUUUAUCUUCCUAACACUUCUUAUAUGCUAUAUUACUUAACUUUCAUUGUAAAUUUUUAGGAGAUGGAUGCGGUUAUGUUUAUAUGGCGUGUGAACACUACAUUGAAUCGUUGGGCCCCUCGGCGUGUUGCUUUCAUGAGUGCUAUGUUUUGCCUCCAAGUAGACGCUGCAUACAAGAAGUUUUUACCAAACAAAAAAGCCUAUCAAUUGCCUGAUUUCCUUCUUGGGUACGGCAGAGGAGAGCUUCCAUCUCAUGGGCGGACUGAUCUAGUUUGGGGUGUUGAUGUUGAUCGACUCUACUUUCCUCUGUUUGUAAAUGGUAACCAUUCAGUUCUUUUUACAUCCUAGUAUACAUUUCUUCGUUUACAAAUUUUUGUGGACACGAACGCAGGUAAUCACUGGGUUGGUGUCUGUGUAAACAUCAUUGAAAGAAAAGUAGAAGUCUUUGAUUGCGGUCGGGGAAAGAACAGACAGUACGUUGAGAAGUUUGCUGCUAUCAUUCCUAGGAUUGUGAAGUCCGUUGCACCACAAGAAAGACAGAAGCAGCUACUCCUCUCAUCAUAUUCUAUCGUGGAUGUGCCUAUGAAGUUGAGAUUGAAUAAAAGUUGUUGUGAUUGCGGUGCAUACGCUUUGAAGCACUUGGAAUGCUCGCUGCUUGGUCUUGACGUCAGUUUAGUGGAUGAUGAAAUCAUUAUGGGUUGUAGACAGAAGAUUGGAGUGGACUUAUGGGAGGCUGCACACGACCCCAUCUUUGCUGAGGUUAUGACACGAUAUGUGCCUUCACCAUGGGAGAGGUCUGAGGUCUUUGACCUGGAGGAUGAUUGAUUAACUGUGAUUUUAGUAGUUUGGUUUGUUAGAAUUAGAAAACAACUUUGGCUUUGGUAUUUGAUUUGAAUUAAGAAACAACUCUAGCUUUGAUUUUGUAUAAAUUAUGAAACAACCCUAUAAAGAACAAAAUCAUAAAAACUGAGGACCCAAACCCUAAACAAACCCUUAACUAAAACCAUAACCAUAGACAUACCCUAACCAAACCCUUAACUUAAACCAUAACCAUAGACAUACCCUAACCAAACCCUAAAACCAUAAUACAAUCAUGAUU